AUGGACACGCCAAUCGGGAAUGGGGUGAACUCGCUUUACGAGAGGAGAAGGCAUCCAAUCUUUCAGCUUGCCGUCACCACCAAGUCCCGUCCAAAGGUGUAUCGUCGAUACUUCGUCGUAGAUUUGCCAAAGCCUUCUAACAUUGAACAUCCCGUUCAUUUCACAUUCAAGUAUCGGACGACAAUUGGCCACAAUUGGAGGUGGGCAAGUGAAGUUGCAGGCUCUUCAGAUGGAGAGCUCUUUUUCCAAACGCCAACCGUACCUACUAAGAUUGGAGCGUUUCUGAACGAUUACGAUUCCAGUCUGAAAAUCCAGUCAGUUGCAAGCGAAAGUCCAGGUGUACAGCUAUGGUCAAUCGUUGCUCCCAUCAAAGGAGUUCAAGGUAAGCACUCAGAAUUCACAAGGACGAGCCUUGGAACACCAAGUCGCUACACCAGAUGGUUUGCAAUUACACGAGAGUCACGCAUGUGGUUGAGCCCUGAUCAUGGGCAAGCGCCAUAUGCAUCAACUCGAGGAGCUAUAAUGUGUUCUUUCUUACGUACUGAUGGCCUUCACCUUGUUUUACUUGCAAUAAGUGGGGUCAAAGACGUGUUGAUUGAAUUCAAACCCGAUGGGCAUGGCAACGUGGUCGCCGAAUCCAGAAACGAGCGUGAAGGUAGUAAUGAUGCUCACAUUGUGGCUGCCGCUGCGACAACUUUCGAUUCUGCGAGUGCUGCAGUAAUGUAUCAUGCGCGUACAGUUGUCGCUGGUGACGACUUUCAGGACAGAAAGGACAAGCUCGAAAUGGAACGGAGGAUAGCUGAUGAUAUCCAGCCCCAGUGGAUGGAGAACUGGUAUGAUGGACUCACAUACUGCACAUGGAAUGCCCUGGGCCAAGAUUUGACUGAGGAUAAGAUUUUUACUGCAUUGGCAGACUUGAAGAAAAAUGAAAUCAACGUAACGAACUUGAUCAUCGACGACAAUUGGCAGUCACUGAAAGAGAACGAGAGUGGAUCUUAUGGACAAGCUGACCUUGGCUGGACUGACUUCGAAGCAAAUCCCAAAGGCUUUCCAAAGGGUCUGAAAUACACUGCGACGACCAUUAGGCAGCUCUUUCCGAAUAUUGAGCAUAUUGGAGUCUGGCACGCCAUUCUCGGAUAUUGGGGUGCUGUCCACCCGGAUGGUUGGAUAGCGCGCAACUACAAAACUAAGACAAUAAAAAAGUGGGAUGGAACCGACAUGACUGUCGUCGACGAACCUGAUAUCAGCCGCAUGUACGAUGAUUUUUACAAAUUCCUAUUGGAGUCCGGAGUGGACUCUGUCAAGACCGAUGAUCAAGUUGGCCUCGACGAGAUCCGUGACGCUCCAGACCGUCGCCGUUUUAUUACCGCCUACCAAGAUGCCUGGGUGAUCGCCGCCCUCCGCCAUUUCAGCAUCAAAGCAAUCAGUUGCAUGUCACAAUUUCCGCAGAACUUGUUCCACACACAGCUUCCAACGAACAAGCCGCGCUUCAUGGUCCGCAACAACGACGACUUCUUCCCUGACAUCGACGCCUCGCACGCCCACCACAUCUUCGUGAACGCACACAACACCCUCUUCACUUCCCAUCUCAACAUCCUACCAGACUGGGACAUGUUCCAAACCCAUCACCAGUGGGGAACCUACCACGGUGCUGGCCGCUGCAUCUCCGGCGGCCCAAUCUACAUCACCGAUGAGCCUGGUAAGCACAACAUGGAUCUCAUCCACCAAAUGACCGCGCAGGACACGCACGGCAAAACCAUCGUGCUCCGCCCCAGCGUCAUCGGCAAAUCCAUCGACGUAUACACCGCCCGCCACGAAGAACGCCUCCUCAGAGUCGGCUCCUUCACCGGUGGCAAAAACGGCACAGGUCUACUGGCGCUCUUCAACGUCAACAAACGAGCGCUCUCCGAGCUCGUCCACCUCGACCGCUUCCCUGGCGUCGAGCAAAGCGAGGAAUAUGUCAUCCGCGCCCACACGACAGGUGAGGUCUCGCCUCCAGUCUCACUCACGGACAAACUGCCCGUCGUGUCCGUGGAGAUCGAGUACGCAGGAUGGGAGAUCCUGUCCGCUUACCAGGUGCGUUCCUUCACCCUCGCAGGGAGCACAGGGGCGCAGCAUGAUCGAACAAAAGUUGCGGUACUGGGACUGCUGGGGAAGAUGACAGGCGCGGCUGCGGUGCUGAAGAAAGAAACGACGAUGCAUCAGGAUAGUCGGCUGAAGAUCUCGACGUCGUUGAGGGCGCUCGGCGUGUUGGGAAUAUACAUAAGUGGGUUGGCGGAGAAGACUGUGGAGGACAAUUUCAUGGUGCUGCUGAGGGAGAUCCCUGUUCCGCAGCAUACUGUGCGAAUUAAUCGGGAGACGAGUGUCUUGGAGAUAGAUGUAGAGACUGCAUUUAAGGAGAUGAAGAUUGGUGUGGGAUACGGGAAUGUAGAGGUCGUGGAAGUGUUUGUGCGGUAA